CCCCGUAGUCUAUGGCGCGAUUAAGGGCUCGCGAUUAAGGACUAGACGAUCGCGGUAGACCGUAGACGACCAUGCGGUAUCGUAGCCCACGUAGUUAGACGGUUUCGACCCUUUCUUUUCAAGUAUUUUCGUUCACGGGACUCGCUGCCGGACCCCUUAUUUUUCUUUUUAGUUUAGCCUCACCUGCCCCGAAAAAACGAACGAGGUCGACGGUGGAGGAGAUCGCGGCUGCCAUCGUUGCAUCGUUCAAAACCCGCUAACUUUCAUUCCCGUAUAUCGGGAGGCGAAUUUUCUUCUUCGUUCGUGUAAACCGAAGGAAAAGUAUGUUGCGAGGAGGAAAUUAAACAAUGGCCCACUUUCGCGGAUUCUACAUACCCUCCGUCGGUGCAGCUGUGAACGUUGCAUGGGAAACAUUGAAGGCUAAAUGGCCGGAGAACAGUCCUUGUAUGGAACUUAUUCGUGGAAACGGGACGGGUCAACGACCGGUUCCAGGACAGGACGGUCAAGGAGAGUUGAAAUCGUUCGACGAAGGUCGCGAUAACACGGAAAUGAUGACCAUGAACGGAGAUCAAGGAUAUCGGGACCAGAGCGAUGUAGCCAUAGCGGAGGACUCGUUUAGUUAUCAACGAAACGGGGACAAAAUUAAAACAGGAAGCGUUAGUAGCGGAGAAUUUAGCGAAUACGACGAGGGUGGCGGGGAAUUCGGUGGAUCGGGAGUAAAAAUUAACGAAUGGCAAGCCGCGUGGAAUGUUACAAACGCUAUACAGGGUAUGUUCAUCGUGUCGUUACCGUUCGCCGUUUUACGGGGCGGUUACUGGGCCAUUGCCGCGAUGAUAGGUAUAGCGCAUAUCUGUUGUUACACCGGUAAAAUACUCGUCGAAUGUUUGUACGAACUCGAUACCGUGACGGGUCAACGCGUACGAGUAAGAGAUUCGUACGUAGCAAUCGCGAAGGAAUGCUUCGGGCCUACAUGGGGUGUACGAGCUGUGAACAUAGCGCAGAUCAUCGAAUUAUUAAUGACUUGUAUCUUGUACGUGGUCGUCUGCGGUGACUUGAUGAUCGGUACCUUUCCCGAGGGAGCGAUCGAUACCAGAAGCUGGAUGAUGUUGACCGGAAUAUUUUUACUGCCUCUCGGUUUUCUCAAGUCGUUGCAACACGUCUCGGUGUUGAGCUUCUGGUGUACCAUGUCCCAUCUGUUCAUAAACGCCAUCAUCGUCGGUUACUGUGUCUUGGAGAUCGGUGACUGGGGUUGGUCCAAGGUAAAAUGGACGAUAGAUUUUAAGAAUUUCCCGAUUUCCCUCGGUGUGAUCGUGUUCAGUUACACAUCGCAGAUAUUUCUACCAACUUUAGAGGGUAAUCUGAUCGAUCGUUCGAAAUUCGAUUGGAUGCUUAACUGGAGUCACAUCGCGGCUGCCGCCUUCAAGUCUCUCUUCGGUUGGAUCUGUUUCUUAACUUUUCAAAACGACACCCAGCAAGUGAUCACCAAUAAUUUACACUCGGCUGGUUUUAAGGGUCUGGUGAAUUUUUGCUUAGUGGUCAAGGCGGUGCUCUCGUAUCCGUUGCCGUAUUACGCGGCCUGCGAACUCCUCGAGAGAGCGUUUUUCAGGGGUAGACCGAAAACGAUCUUCCCGACGAUAUGGACGGUGGAUCGCGAGCUGAAAGUCUGGGGUCUCGCGUGGAGGGUUGGCGUGAUCGUCUUCACCAUCCUUAUGGCAAUAUUCAUUCCUCAUUUCAGUAUCCUGAUGGGUUUCAUAGGCUCCUUCACUGGAACCAUGCUGUCGUUCAUAUGGCCGUGUUAUUUUCAUUUGAAAUUAAAAAGAAAUUCGAUGGAAUGGAGCGCGGUGGCUUACGAUUGCUUCGUUAUCUUUCUGGGAGUUUUGUUCGGUGUUAUCGGUGUAUACGAUUCCGGCUCUGCCCUGAUAAACGCCUUCAAGAUCGGUUUACCGUUUUAAACGAUCAAACGCGUACCUUUGCCUCCUUCGAUCUUCGUUUGUCUUCCAUAAAGAUAAUAUCUUGUAGAUAUACACUGCUCAAGGGAACCAUCGAAUUGCAGCUCGCGUCAAUUGACUUAAUAUGUUAGAUCAAACGAUUUCAAACAGUGGACUCAUCGAGAUUCUAACGACCUGGCACAACCCCAUCGCGCACCUAUCACUUCCGGAUCACAUGGUACAAAUAUUGUACCGCUUUUAGCGGCUGCACUGCAAUCUAACAUUCCCUUGAGAGAAUUACAAAGAAAAGUCUAUAUUUUUGCUGAUUUCGACAAUUUUUAAAACCAAUCGUACAAAGUUUACGAUUUUUCGUCUCGUCGCUUAGAGACAUUAUUAUACAUAUACAAGUUUUCGCUCGUUCAAGUAGACACAAAAAGAAGGUUCAAGACAUUUUGAGAUUGUACAUUUAUAAUUCAACCAGAACUCACACAUAUCUAGCUAAAUGAUAUAUUUAAGACGAAGAGCGUCGUAGAACGAGCAAAUGUAUCUAUUCUUCAGCAAUCUCGGCUUCGUGUCCUACGUCUUCCAGAUCUUAAUUCUUUUUUUUUUCUUUCUUCUGACGAUGAUCGUCGACAACAGGGGCUUUUUAGAAAGAAAAAAAAACAUUUAGAUAUAUUUAGCAAGCAGCAAACAAUAAUAAUAUCUCGCUAGACGGUAAGUGAUCGAUGUCUUCCAAGCAAAUGUUGCGUGUACAAGCGAAACACGGUGAAUAUUGUACGUACAAGUUAACUAAAUACUGUUACACAGGUUUCGGGAUUUUAUAAUCGUCAUUGCGGAUCUUGUAAUUUCUAUUUACACGUUGAAUUACCCGCCCCGCCGAGGAGGCGUUCAGUAAACAAGUUUAGUAACCGAACGAUCUUUAACAAUGAAAAGUAACAAUUUUGGGCAUAUCGAGGUAUUUGGGACAAUGUCCAUUGGGAGAUGUGAUGUAUGUAUGUACAUAAGCACAAAUUUAUAUAAUUAUAAUUAUUUAAAAAUUAGAUUUUAAAGAUUUUAAAAAAUUAUUUAAUUUACUAUGAGAAAGUUAAGAUAUUUAGGUUCUUAUAUUAUAAUAAUUGCUCAUGGAUUCAUAUUAGUGGACAGUUUAGGGGAUGGAGGGAUGCAACAGGUGUUGGUGUAAUUAGGAAGAGGCCUCCCUUAGUAUUUUAAGAUUUCAAGAUUUCAAGAUUUAAAAAUUCCAAAAUUGCAAUUUUAUGCAACGAGAGAUUUCAAUUACUUCUAUUUGCAAGAUUUCCAAAAAUGUAUCACAUCUCCCAGUUGUCUCAAAUAUUUUAGCAAUACCACAACCACUUUUCUUAUGAUUAUUUCAGAAUGAUUAGCUGCCAGCGCGUAAUAAUAUAUAUUUCUAACGUCUCCUCGUCGUGCAAGUGAAUGCAAAUAUGUAACCAGUUAUGUACGAACGAGUACAAUUAAUUAGUUCAUUAUAAUCCAACGUCUUCCGAGGCCUUUAUAGGCCGCAUAGAUCACACACGCUAGUUUAAGCAAUAUGAAUUGUAGUCCAUCGUAGUAGGUUUGACAGAAGUUCAGCGAGAUGUUCUUCAAAUUCGAUUCGUUUUUCUUUUCGAUGUCACGUUUUAGUUUGACGAUUCCUUAUUUAAUCUAGAGACUGUUCGAUUAUUGUUGAAAGUAUGGGGUGUGAAAGAGUGCGGAAUUCCUUUAUCAAUUGUGUCGGAUUGAAUACGUGGAAUUAUUUACAUAUUAAAGUGUUUUGUGACCAAGAUAAGCGUCAAUUUCGUGUAACGAGAUAAUCGAAAUGUUAGAUUAACCCUUGAACAAUGGAGCCUUGGUCAAUCGUAAUCCAAACUUAUAAAACAUAUACAAGGAUAUCAAUCUAAAGUUAAAUGAAUAAUUUUUAUGAACUACACAUGGAAAAUAAUAUGAAAUAUAAAAAUUGUCGCUCUCUCCAUGGUCCGCCCUCCGAGGGUUAAAAAAAGGGUAGUAAAAAUGUCAUUGUAAUAAAACUAGCUUUAACAUAUCUUUAAAAAUAAUAUAUUAAUGUCUUUUAACGAUAUUAGCAAUUUUAUAUUUUGCGUUUUAAUAUGAUAUCUAUAAUUUUUUAUUAAACAAAAACCGAAGAACAUCUCGCAGUUUAUCUAAAAUGUGUUAUUUAAAUGAGAUACGAUAAUAUUUAUGAAACGAGUCUUCCAAUGAUGUCUUCCAGAAUGAUAAUAAUGAUAAUAAUUAAUGUAAUACGAUCUAUUGAUCGAAGGAAAUCUUUGUCAAUGAUAUUAAACGUUAUAUUGAGAGUUGUAGGAGUUAAGCGUUAAUUGUUAAGGCUAUGGUCAAAUUUAACGUAUAAGUCAUUCAUUGAUCAUUUGAACCAGUUUUAUCAUUUUAUUCUUAAAGGAUCGUUUUCUCUCCUUUGACACCAUCAACGUAGACGAACAAUAAAUUAAACAUAAUAUUGCCUUGUUCUCUUUAAAUAAACAAUAUUGUACAUAGCGUCUCUCUCGUGUGAGAUGCAUACGAAACAGCUUUCAUCACAAUUGUCGACCAAAGGAAAAGUAGCUACGAUGGUGUGAAUAAAAAAUGCAUUCAUAAAAAUUUAAUUAAAAUCCUGAGAGAGAAUCUUCCCGGUAUUGGACAAAUUUAUUUUAGAGUAUAGAAGGUAAAGUGUUUAAAUAAUAUUAAACUGCAUGGCAGAAGGUACUACUUUGAAAAAGAAUGUUAAUGUAUAAGUGAUUAAAAAUGAAGAAAUCAAAGGCAAAUAAUGAAAUAAUUGCCGUUGAAGAAAUAAAUAGAAUAUGUAUGGUAAUUGAACGCGUUGGAUGGAAUUGAUUCAUCGAUUUAAUUAAACAAGAACAUUGUAUAAAAAUUUGCGAAAUAAUUGAUAGGACAAUUGUUAUAUAAUAAUUUAUGGUUUAUGUGUGAUUUUCAUUAAUUAUAACAUAUCUGAUUUCACAAAAAUUAUUAGAUUAGAUUAUUUGAAGCGCUUUCACGGAAGUGUUUUUCGUGGAAUUUCAAGAACAACCUCAUUAAUGUUGUAGUUAAAUAUAAAAAUGGGCUUCCACAUACAUAUAUAUAAAUUGU